AAGCACCUUGCUGUUGCCGGUGCCUCCGGUUGGCUGCGCUCUCCUCCCUCCUCUCUUCCUCAGCACCGGACAGAUACCGGGAGCGCACGGUGAACGCACGAAGGAUGAAUGAACUUUAAAUCUGCCUCACAACUUUCCCUCUCUCUCUCUAUACCUGACAGUUUCUCCCCCUUCCCCCGCCGCUCGCUGUUCCAGGAACGAAACCCCCAGAGGAAGAUCUCUACAAUGGAUUUACCGCAAUCACGAUCCUGUAGUGAUUAAAUAGAUUUUUUUCCUCUCACCCUUUUUUCCUUAUUUCUUUGCGGAUGCUCAUUAGCUUCGUGAGUCGAGAUGAUGGCAUCAAUAGGGGAAUUCGAUCCUCUCAACACCAGAGUCCCCGCAACUAAAAUAGAAGUUACCGUGUCCUGCAGGAGUCUACUGGAUGUGGACACAUUCUCCAAGUCAGAUCCUGUGGUUGUGUUGUAUCUGCAGGCUGUGGGAACCAAAGAAUGGAGGGAGUUUGGCAGGACAGAAGUUAUCGAUAACACUCGGAAUCCUGAUUUCGUCAGGAAGUUUGUCCUGGAUUUCUUCUUUGAAGAGAAGCAGAAUCUAAGGUUUGAUGUGUACAAUGUGGACUCCAGAAGCUGUAACAUAUCCAAACACGACUUUCUGGGUCAGACCUUCUGCACACUCGGAGAAAUUAUCGGCUCCACAGGAGGAAGGCUGGAGAGGACCCUCUCCGGGAUUCCUGGGAAGAAGUGUGGAGUCAUUAUCUUAACUGCAGAGGAGCUCAGUAACUGCAGGGAUAUCGCUACCAUGCAGCUGUGUGCCAACAAGCUGGAUAAAAAAGACUUUUUUGGCAAGUCCGACCCCUUCCUGGUUUUCUACCGCAGUAAUGAGGAUGGAACGUUCACCAUCUGCCACAAGACAGAGGUGAUCAAGAACACACUGAACCCAGUGUGGCAGCCCUUCACCAUCCCUGUUAGAGCUCUCUGCAAUGGUGACUAUGACAGAACUGUGAAGGUAGACGUCUAUGACUGGGAUCGAGAUGGAAGCCAUGACUUCAUCGGCGAGUUCACCACCAGUUACAGAGAGCUGUCUCGGGGGCAGAACCAGUUCAAUGUCUAUGAGGUUUUAAAUCCCAAGAAGAAAGGCAAAAAAAAGAAAUACAUCAAUUCUGGAACUGUAACACUGCUGUCCUUCAAAGUGGAGUCUGAGUAUACCUUUGUGGAUUUUAUCCGAGGAGGAACACAACUCAAUUUCACUGUGGCGAUAGACUUCACCGCGUCCAAUGGUAACCCAUCCCAGCCCACCUCCCUCCAUUAUAUGAGUCCGUACCAAAUGAAUGCAUAUGCCAUGGCACUGAAAGCAGUGGGAGAAAUUAUCCAGGACUACGACAGCGAUAAGCUCUUUCCUGCCUAUGGCUUCGGUGCUAAGCUGCCCCCUGAUGGCAAAAUCUCCCACGCGUUCCCGCUGAAUGGUGACAAUGAUAAUCCAAACUGUGUGGGCAUCGAGGGAGUCCUGGAGUCUUAUUUUCAGAGCCUGAGGGCGGUGCAGCUGUAUGGACCUACUAACUUUGCUCCUGUUAUCAACAAAGUAGCAAACUGUGCAGCAGAGAUUACAGAUGGCUCUCAGUACUUUGUCCUGUUGAUGAUCACAGAUGGAGUGAUAUCUGACAUGGUCCAGACCAAAGAGGCUGUGGUCAAUGCGGCAUCGCUCCCUCUUUCCAUUAUCAUCGUAGGUGUUGGGCCGGCUGAGUUUGAUGCUAUGGAGGAGCUGGAUGGAGAUGAGGUGAGAGUAUCCUCAAGAGGACGUCUUGCUGAGAGAGACAUUGUUCAGUUCGUUCCAUUCAGAGACUACAUCGACAGAUCUGGCAACCAGGUCCUCAGCAUGGCUCGUCUGGCAAAGGACGUCCUUGCCGAGAUCCCCGACCAGCUGCUGUCUUUCAUGAAGAGCCGAGGAAUCGAACCGCGACCAGCCCUGUCCUCCUCCCCACUACCGCAGCUACACAGACACAUCUAACCCCCGACAGAGUCUCUGCCUUUCUUGUUUCUGCUUCUCCCUCCUUGCUUACCUUGGCUCACCUCCCUCACUCUUGUUUUUCACUUUAAAACAAUAGUGAGAGAAAAAUCGACCCACCACUCACCCUUCUUCCUCUCUCAUCACCCAUGGGGAUAAACAGGCACAUCGUAGCUACACAGCGGGUGUCAUCCCUGACCCGCCCACUGCUGUAGCUCUAAAUCGCCCUCUUAUUGCUUUCAUUUACUGUUUGAAACUGAACCGUGACCAUUCCUCCCCUCUGAUAUCAGACCGUUCAGAGCCUGGCUUUUUUUGUUUGUUUGUUCUUAAUUGUCUGAUUCCCCUCACCAGACGCAUUUGGAACAGAAGGUUUUCCCGUUGGUCCUCAGCCAGUGUUGCCACUCAUCACAUUUGGCAGGAGUGCUGAAGCUAAAUAAAUUCAAAUCUCUUGAUGAGGAAUAGACUCCAGCUCGUAUCAGGUGCUGUGGGGUUAUUUAAGGCCAAGUUUCGACUGAUUCUUUGGAGUGACCGAUCACAUCAAUAAAAUCCAUUUUCACCCAGCCCUUUUAUGAUCUCUUAUUGUUGCUGAGCCAAAUCUGAAACUGUAAUCGAGAAUGCAAACUACUUUAGUAUAAUCCAUUCAGAGAAAAUAGAGUCCUUGCGUUUUUCCUUUUUAGGGUAGGAAAUAAGUGUUUUUAGAGCUAAUGUGGGGAGUCCAGUCACAUGUGGCCUGUCACAGACUUAGACACACACUCGCCUCUGUCAGACAUGCCACACCCACACUCUCUUUGCCCAGCAUGGGCCGAGGCUGGGUGCAGAUUCCCCUCCUGCUGUUAGAGAAAUGCCAGACUCUCCGGCUGCCCUGCAGAGAGGAGGAAGAGGGAGGAAGGAAGGAAGGAGAAAUUGUAGGUGGGAGUAAAGGGAACAGAGGGGAGGAAUGGGCAAGAGAAUGAGCAGAGAAAGAAAAAAAAGCGAGAAGAAAAGAGAUGCACAAAGAAGCGAGGAAGAACAAAGCAUCCGGAGAUCUGUUUUGUUUGAAGGGAAAGAACAAUGAGGCAGAUGUGAGCUGGGUUGGAGACAGCAGCAGAGAAGGCUGUAGCUCAGUGCCGUCUUUAGUUGGAGAAGCCUUUGUAUGCAUAUUUACAAGGUGUGGAACAAUCUCAAUGAGGGAUAAACGCACAUUCUAUGAAAAGCAAUAUACCUGACUUCCAGUGUAAUGUUUGCCCUAUGCAUGUCCCUUCCUCUCCCCUGCCAUGACUUGACAUUUUAUUCCCCGACAGACAGGAGCUGUGUGCAAAGUUGGCAAAGCCUGCCACCUAGUGUUCACCCCUUGUAUAGCAGGGUAUCUUUAUUAUGCAUGACUACUGUACAUUUCUAUACUAACUCAAACAGUACCCAAGCAUGAACAGAUGCAGCUCAUCUUACUAUCUUAAUCCAAGACAGGCAUUCCAACAAACAACAGAGGCCCGUGUAAAGAACUACAAGCAUCUAUGUGAAACGUGUCACUCUUCAGAGUUAAUGUCAAGUGUGACAAUGGUGGUUUAUAUGGGAUGUUUUAUUUGCUGUGUGACCAUAUAGACUUUUUCUAAAAUAAUCCGUUUCAACGUCAUGUUUAUUGCAUGUCGGGGAAGCAGAACUGUUGCAGUGUUUAGAUAUGUGUUAUCACUCAAAGUGAUUGUCCAAAAUAAUCUGUACUGUACAUUUUCAUUUGCAGAUUUUGGAACUAACUUGUAUGCCUUGUAUCUUGCAGAAACAUGUGAAAUUACAUGUAUUUUUGAUAUUUUGGCAGGGUCAUGAAAAACAGAAAUGCAAAGACUCUGCAAGAUGCCAGUGGUAUUAGAACGUUUUCUGAACUUAUUUAAAGCCCUGCUGUGAUUUUUCUCUGUCCCCUACUGUUGUUCUAUGGCUGUAUGAACUUAAAGGCAACCUAUUAUGCUUAUUUCUAACUUCAUAUUUUUAUUCAGGUACUCUACUAAAGUUGCUUUGCAUGAUUCACAGCUCAAACAUAAUCCUUAUUUAUCUUAUACUGGGGCUUGGUGCAGCGCAUUAGUUCGUAACCUGUCUAAACCAAGCUGUUUUAUCCUUUUCCGCCGAUUGGCUACCCAACAUAAAAAUCAGAUUUAAACAGCAGAUUGGUGGAGCUUUGUGCUUGCUGACUGUGCUGUGGCUCUUGGUUGACUGUAUUAGUGAUAUCUGUUCCGUGAGACAUCAUACAGAGCCAAGGUUAGAAAAAACAAACUGAGAAGAGAGUUUUCAAAGCAGUUUUUAGCUUGCAGGGAUAACUGACACCUACCCUGCGCUCAUUAGCUGAACCUUUGGUCAUGUGAGUAUAAGGAAAAGCAUAAUAGGUGCCCUUUAAAAAAACAAAACAAGAUGGUUAAAGUUUUAUUGUAUAUAAAUGUUCUUUUUGCUUACAGUAAAGCUUCAAGAAACUUUUACAUCUGUAUUUCAAACAGCUAAAUUGUAUGUUGACAUUUUUCAGAAUGUCCAUAUAAUGGGAAUGUAGAUGUUUGACCUAGAAACCCUUAACUGUUCUGACAAAUAUCUUGUCGUGUUUCAAUAUGAGGUUUGACUAUGUCUGUGUUUACGCAUAUCACCUGAAGGUGAUGAUCUGCAGUACAAUAUAUCCAAACAUAAAGCAACACAGUCUUGCUGGUUGUAUGUUGUAUGUAGUAAUUCAUUCAGCAGCACUAUAGAGAUCACUCAGAAUGAGUUCCAGCUUUAAAUUGUUGGUUCAUUAAAAAGA